CUGACAGACGUCGAGGCGUCCGCCAGAGCUGUCGGUGGGAGCUAGUGUAUCCUCUCGUCGGAAAGCCCACGCGGAAUGAAAAUACAAGUCAGGACUUCGGACUGUUUUACGACCCGGACCAGCAUCGAGAGCCCUGCCUUAAAAAAAUAUAUCCCUCUGACUCUUAUCACCACCCGGGGAGCUGGGGACGGUCGCUGCGUCGCCGCACGGCUGCAUAUGUGUUGUGGUUGAGCUCCGCGCUUUGACUCCAGCCCUCCCAGCCGUGCCCCAAUGCCGAGGCAUGGAUAGUGCGUCUGCUAGAGGUGGGAAGAUGGUCGAGAGCGACGACGGCGGAGGAGGCGCAGCCACGGCCGCGCUACAUCACUGCGAACUCAUCCAGAACAUGAUUGACAUCUCCAUCUCCAGCCUGCAGGGGGUUCGGACCAAGUGCGCCGCCUCCAACGACCUGACACAGCAAGAAAUACGCACUUUGGAGGUGAAGCUGAUGAAAUACAUCUGUAAACAGCUGCAGUGCAAGCAGAAAGUGCCAGAGACGGAGAGGCCCGAGGCCCUGGACAGUUACCCGCGCUUACGAGACUGGCUGCGCACCAUCAACCUGCGAAGAGAGCUCAUUGAGGCAGUGGAGGCGAAGUUGACUCUGGCUGCUUUGCUGCAGAUGACAGAUGCUCAGGUGAGGGAUGCUAUGCGAAGAUUAGGGUCCAGUUCAGAAGAAUGUGCCAGACUCAGUGCUGCUCUGUCCUGUCUGAGGAGUGCCACUGAAUCAGGAGGCGAACUGAAAGACGAUUUAACUUCCUGGUUGUCUGAGCCCACCAGAAGGGACAGUGGCUCUCUACUGACAGCAGAUCAGCUAAGCAACCUGGGAACCCCCCUCCGCCCCCACAGUCCAUCACCUCUAGCCCGCCCAAGUACGAUCCAGUCUACGCCAUCCACCCCCUGCGCUACCUUCCCUCAUCCCCGCUCGGGUUCGGUCUCUGCAGCACCCACACCAGAGGCGUUGGCGUCGUUCGUCCACGGUGAAAGCCCUCUCACAGAUCCGUUUCCCAUGCCCUUGUCCCGUGCGGCACGGCUCCACGGACACACCUCCACGCCGCCCAUCACUCCGCCCUCAAAAAGACGGCACCGAUUGAAGCCCCCCUGCACCCCGCCACCUCAGUCCCGUAAAGUGCGGAAUCUGCUCCCCAACAUCACUCUGACGCGCAGCAAGAGCCACGAGUCUCAGCUGGGAAAUCGCAUUGAGGAUCCUCCCACCAGCAAGUGUGUCAAAAAGAACAAGUUGUUCCUCAAUAUGCAAGUCAAUGGGAAUGGAUGUGAAGACUCGCCUUCUCGCUACCCCGUCAUGUCCACACGGACCUCUGGAGUCAUCUCAGCUCCCACCACGGCGCCCUACACCCUGCCAGGGACACCCACCCUAAUGGAAGAACACAGCAUAAUCAAGAAUAAUGUAACAGUGCAUCGCAGUUCCCCACAAGCAGUGAGGAGGGACAUAGGUCUCGCAGUAACGCACAGGUUUUCAACCAAAUCCUGGUUGUCUCAGACAUGUCAAGUGUGCCAAAAGAACAUGAUGUUUGGUGUUAAGUGCAAACACUGCCGAUUAAAGUGCCACAACAAAUGCACAAAGGAAGCUCCAUCUUGCAGGAUCUCUUUUCUGCCAAUUGCCAAAAUUCGGAGGACGGAGUCGGUUCCCUCAGAUAUAAACAACCCUGUGGACCGGCCACCAGAAGCGCCACAGUUUGGUACGCUACCAAAGGCCAUUACAAAAAAGGAGCACCCCCCGGUGAUGAACCAGCUGGACUCCAGCAGCAAUCCGUCCUCCACCACUUCCUCCACACCUUCCUCCCCGGCACCCUUCCAGCAGAGCAAUCCACCCAGUGCCACUCCGCCACCCAACCCUUCGCCCAAGGGUCAUAGAGACAGCCGCUUCAACUUCCCAGCUGCCUGUUACUUUCAGCAUAGACAGCAGUUUAUCUUCCCCGAUGUUUCCAGUCCUGCAAACGUGUACUCUGAUGGACUCCAAGACACAGUCAGCGAGAGGGAGCAGACAGCAGAUGACACACAUGCUGAUCUGGUGGAAGAUGAAGAUGAAGAGGAAGCGGAGGAUGAUGUAGACGCUGAAGACGAAGCUCCUGAAGCAGAGGAGGGAAAUGAUGAUGAAGAAGAUGAGGGGAAUGAGGACGGAGGGGAGGAUGAGGACGACGGCGAUGAGAUGCGGAUGAACAUGGUCUCCGAUGGCGAGUGCGACGAGCUGGAUGAUCUGCCCACCUCUCGGGGAAACCAGUGGAAGUGCCCCAUCUCCCGCAAGCCCAGUCAGACCAGCGUCUACCUGCAGGAGUGGGACAUUCCUUUCGAGCAGCUGGAUCUCGGAGAGCUCAUAGGAAAGGGCCGCUGGGGCAGAGUGCACAAGGGCCGGUGGCACGGUGAGGUAGCCAUCCGACUUCUUGAGAUCGAUGGGAACAAUCAGGACCAUCUGAAGCUCUUUAAGAAGGAGGUGAUGAACUACAGACAGACCAGGCACGAAAAUGUGGUUCUCUUCAUGGGGGCCUGCAUGGCUCCGCCCCAUCUAGCCAUCAUCACCAGUUUUUGUAAAGGCAGGACACUAUACUCGGUUGUUCGGGACACUAAACACACCUUGGAUAUUAAUAAGACGAGACAAAUUGCUCAGGAGAUUGUAAAGGGAAUGGGCUACUUGCACGCCAAAGGCAUCGUUCACAAAGACUUGAAGUCAAAGAACGUUUUCCAUGAUACCAAUAAGGUCGUGAUCACAGAUUUCGGGCUGUUCGGGAUCUCUGGAGUUGUUCAGGAGGGAAGGCGCGAGAACAAACUAAAACUUCCACAUGGCUGGAUUUGUUAUCUCGCACCAGAAAUUGUGCGCAUGAUGAGCCCAGGUAACAAUGAGGACCACUUACCUUUUUCCGCCUCAGCAGAUGUGUAUGCUUUCGGAACAAUUUGGUAUGAGCUUCAAGCUCGGGACUGGCCAAUCACGAACCAGCCCGUGGAAGCCACCAUCUGGCAGGUUGGGAGCGGAGAGGGCAUAAAGAAGGUUUUGGCAGAGAUCAGCCUUGGCAAGGAGGUCACGGAAAUCCUCUCUGCCUGCUGGUCCUACGACCGUAAAGAGAGGCCUACCUUCACGCAGCUGGCCGACAUGUUGGAGAAACUGCCCAAACUCAACCGCAGGCUGUCCCACCCAGGACACUUCUGGAAGUCUGCCGAGUUGUAGCGGUCGCUCUGACACAUAAGAAAUGCAUAACAAAGCCUGGGUCUGCUUUGCAUGCUCCUGAGAUCUUAACUCUUGCAGGAUUGAUCAAAGCGUUGACUCUGCUUCCACUAAUCCCCGGUCCGAUCUUCCACGUCUAACCCAACACUUUUCUUGUCUGGAAGAGAGGAUUGUAGGACUGAAAUGUGGCCGGGGGACAGCCACUUUUCACCCUCCUUGCUUUUCCCUUCAUGUGUCUCCAAUCUAUUUGCCUUCCUCCCUUUCCUUCCUCGAUUGUGUUGUGUCACGUCAGUUGGGACUCUGAAAAACUGGCUCGUGGUGUCUGUGCUGAGACCGGGACUGAGCCGGUGGGCUAGCAGACCCCGACAGCCCCCCCGUCCUCGAUCCUCGCUCCGCUCACCUGCUCUGUGCUGCUGUGCUGCGGUUGCUCCCGCCGGGGUCCUCACCACAUGCCAUCUUUAUUUUAUUUGUAUUUUUAUUUCCCUUCUCUCUUCUCUGAAACACGCACACAAACACACUGCUGGACAUAUAAUGGACCCAAUCCUUGAACGGACCACUUCAUUUAUCUGUGUUUUCCCUGAGGGUUCGACACGCGUGGGACAGGCUGCCGGAGCGACGCUCCCAGGCCAGCUGUCUCUCGCCUCCUCUGCCUCCAAGGGGUGUGUGAUAGCAUGUGCUGAGCCCGUAUGUAGACACAAUAUGCACUUUGUCAACAACAAAAAAAAAUAAUCAAGGACUUUUAUUUUUUUUUAUUUUUUAUUGUGCUUCAGUUUUGUUUCAAAUUGUGAUAGUUGCAGUGUUUUAUAGUUGUUCUUUUUGGGAGAGUCUCAAAAGCUGGACAGUGUGAAGUGCUCACUCGUAUGUUGUCAUUUUUGAGUACAAUCACCGUUUUUUUUUGGAUGCUUUUAAAAACAGGGCACUGAUAAAGAUAUAUGUCUGUAUGCUAAAUAACGGAAAAUAGAAACUGGUGAAAUGCACAUGAGGAUGGAAUACUACUGGCUCUCUGUGAUUAAGGACUUUUCGGUAAUAAUGUUGAAAUGUAAAGUGCAUUUAAGUGCAACUAAAGUGCAAAAGUGACUUCUGUCUUGCGCUAAAGGAAAAAAAAAAAUAAUCAGGAAUUUGGUGCAAAAGUGUCCUAUAUCCUCCUUAAACAGUACCUCUGGUGCACGAUCGUGCACCGUUUGACAGCUGGCUGCAGUUGCCGUGCUCGUAUCAGUGUGUGUUUAGUUGCACGUGUGACCAGCUGAGCUUAGGGUGUUGGUUUGUUUUUGUUUGGGUUUUUUUGGGGGUGGGGGGGGGGGCAGUAAAUGUGUUGCAAAUCCACUGGUCUGUAAUGUAUGUACAUUAUUUAAUAUACAGCAAAAUUAACAUAAUUCUUCUAAUAUUUGUAUAAAAAUUUUAUAUGUAAAAUACAUCACAACAUUUUUGAAUGGGUACUGCUAUGGCUAUUACGGAUAUGUGUACAUAUAUAAAUAUAUAUAUAUAUAUUUAUAUUUUUUCAUGUUUAAAAUACUGGUAAAAAAAAACUAUAAAAAAGAAAUCUGUACUUUUUUUUUUUUUUUUAAGAACGGGCCAAUACAUGUUUUUUUAUGUUACUGUAAAAAUUCAUAUUUUUGUAUUGCAUGUGACUUCCAUUCUGUACACACAGUUUCUGUUUUCAUUCAUGAAGGACAAUAAAAUGGGCUUGUCAAGUAA